AUGAAGGGCUUUCAACAAGUCAAAAGAAAGAAAUCUAGUAGAAAGAACAAGGGAGUAAGUAUCAACGAACUAGAUCCCUUCAAAGUUCAAGAAAAAAAGGUUGCUAUAGUUACUGGUAAGGGAAAACAGAAGGUUGACAGGUAUAACAGUGAGCAGACUCAUGAACAACAGGCUAUCUCCGAGCAGAAAAGGGUACAAGCUGAAAAUAAGCAGAGUAGGACUAACCAAAUAGCAUUAACAUCUACUGCCUUACAACAGGUAAAGAAAAACAUAGACACUCAAAAGAAAAACAAGCAAAAUUCAGAGCAGCAACAUAAUCAGCAAAUAGGGAAAGACAUGGCUAUCUCCGAGCAGAAAAGGGUACAAGCUGAAAAUAAGCAGAGUAGGACUAACCAAAUAGCAUCAACAUCUACUGCCUUACAACAUGUAAAGAAAAGCAUAGACACUCAAAAGAAAAACAAGCAAAAUUCAUCGCAGCAACAUAAUCAGCAAAUAGGGAAAGACAAAGGUGAAGGCAAAAAUAAGAAGGAUACUGAUUCUAUUUCCUCUGAACAAGAAAGGAUUGACAAUGAGAACUACUCAUCUGAUCAAGAUGAAGACAAUAUCAGUGAACACACAGGGAAAGAUCUAACCACAGAGGAAGAAGGUAAUGAUGGCUCUAGUACAGAUGACUGUGAAAGUAUUGAAGAUAAAAAUAUUGAUAGCGAUGAUGAGGCAGAAAAGUUGAUUCAAACUGUCACCAACUCUAAUAUUGAGGAGGAAAUUGAGAAAACUUUUCAAAAUGUUGCUACAAGAACUAACCUCUCUCCAAGAAGUAAACACACUAGAAGAAGCAGAAACAACAGAGGUAGAAGAGGUGGAUAUAAUUCUCAAUCUGUUGUGACUAGAUCACAGGCAAAAAACAACAACUUAUCAGAGUGA